AUUUUUAACUUAAAAGGAAUGCUCUCCUACAAAAUAAACAGACAUAGCUUUUUUUUUUUUAAUCAAAUUAAGAGAACAGGCGACCAAGUGCAUAAAUCACAUAGGUAGGAUAUAAUUGGCUUUGUUUCAUAGUAAGCUUACCUUUGUGCUGGUUAAGAAAAUCCUAAAAACCUUUACCCCUAUGAGAAUUGACUGGUUGGAAUAGUCCUAAAUUGGAAGAAGCCAAGUUUUGUAAUUAAUUGGUGAAUAGAGAUACUGGUUUCCGAAUGCUCACCAGCGAUCAGUGGUAACAAAGCUGGCCAUGGACUUGGCUCUGGAGAACUUGGUGAAAACGUGAAUGCCCAGUGCCAAAGUGAUGUUACGGCAUUCUGUGCUGCUUUGUGCUGUGGCCUCGGAAUCUGUAUUUUUAAAAGAUGUCUCUGGCAAUUCUAAUGCAUAGCCAGGUUUGGUAACCACUGAAUUGUGUAUUCAAUUUGGAGACCUCAGCCUUUUCACCAUCUGAUGAAUCUAUAUGUUUAUUUGAAGCUUUUGAAAAUGAAUGCCUGCUGGUUAUUGCUUUUUUCAGUUCACAAUUUGUUUCCGGUUCUGUUAUUGCAUAGAUUUGCAUACCUGUUUUAUAGUAUUCUAAUACUGUUGCUUUAAAAAAAAUACCAUUUCCUCUCUGUGCUCUUUUGAAUAUUUGAUGUAAACAAUUUCAUGUUUUGUUUUGUUAUUUUCCCUACUUGCAGAAAGUAGGGGAAAACUCCAGGGUUUUUCUAACCCAAUUGUAAUAUAAAUACUUAAAGAUCUUGGUCAAGGUAAUAUAAGGUUGAAAAUCCUUUAAGUUACAGCAUUAUGAACUUCAUCAUACCUUUAAAAUAUAUCAGAUGAGCUAAAUGUUUAAGACUUUGGCCAGAUGGUCGAUCUGAGGCAUUUAAAAGUUAAUGGUUGUGUGUCUGUUGAAGUAUCCUACUACAGGAUUUUAACACUUAAAAUUGAUCUGUCAAUGAAAAUGCGUGAAAGGGCAGUCAGAAAUCUCUGUCAGUCAUCAAUUGUGUGUAUGUGUUCUUGAAGUCAGGCUCAAGCUGCAACAUGAUGGGGGGAAAUGUUUUCCUAGCUUCAUUCACUGAAGGUGUGCAAGAUCUCUUCUUACAGGUUUGAGUCGUCAGACAAACUUCCGAGGGGACUCCAUGACCACCUGGAAGCUGGUGUUUCCUGUCACCGAGUAGACAGUCUGGCGAUCCAGAACAUGCCCCAGCUCUGGUGAUGCUCCUGGAACCUCAUCUGUGCCUCCGACAUUCUCCCAGCCUGAGACUGCAUCUAUAAAUUGGGAUGUGGGAAAGCAGGAAGCAAAGCUCAUGGUAACUGAGAGGCCCAUGUCUGGGUAGAACCAGGCCCAGGACCACGACGCUGCCUCUCCCCUGGUCUGGAGUUCAGGCUGCCGUGGCUCUGCUCAUGUGCUCAGCACCAUCCUUCCAUUUGUGCUUAAAUGGCACAGCAUUUGGUCAGCGCAUCUGAAAAGGAAGGUGUGAGAAGUAAAGCCCAUGGCCACCUAUCCCUGCCAAUUAUGUGGCAAGACGUUCCUCACCCUGGAGAAGUUCACUAUCCACAAUUAUUCCCACUCCAGGGAGCGACCUUACAAGUGCUUGCAGCCAGACUGUGGCAAAGCCUUCAUUUCCAGAUAUAAAUUAAUGAGGCACAUGGCUACCCAUUCGCCCCAGAAAUCUCACCAGUGUGCUCACUGUGAGAAGACGUUCAACCGGAAAGACCACCUAAAAAACCACCUCCAAACGCAUGACCCCAACAAAAUGGCCUUUGGGUGUGAGGAGUGUGGGAAGAAGUACAACACCAUGCUGGGCUACAAGAGGCACCUGGCCCUCCACGCGGCCAGCAGUGGCGACCUCACCUGCGGGGUCUGCGCCCUGGAGCUAGGGAGCACCGAGGUGCUGCUGGACCACCUCAAAGCCCACGCGGAAGAAAAGCCCCCCAGCGGCACCAAGGAGAAGAAGCACCAGUGCGACCACUGUGAGAGAUGCUUCUACACCCGGAAGGACGUGCGGCGCCACCUGGUGGUCCACACAGGCUGCAAGGACUUCCUGUGCCAGUUUUGCGCCCAGAGAUUUGGGCGCAAAGACCACCUCACGCGACAUACCAAGAAGACACACUCGCAGGAGCUGAUGAAAGAGAGUCUGCAGUCUGGAGACCUUCUGAGCACCUUCCACUCCAUCUCUCCCCAGUUUCAGCUGAAGGCCGCCCCGCUGUCUCCCUUCCCUCUGGGGGCUCCCGCGCACGCGCAGAACGGGCUCGCCAGCGGCCUGCCCGCCGAGGUACACGGCCACGCCCACAACCCCUCGGAUCCAGCCUCCCAGCCUGUACAGGCGCUGCCGGAGCCCCUGGCCCCCCUCCACCCCGUAACCUCUCCCAGCUCCCCUCCCACGCCCCUCCAGAAUCACAAGUACAACACCAGUUCUACCUCAUACUCCCCACUUGCAAGCCUGCCCCUCAAAGCAGAUACUAAAGGAUUUUGCAAUAUCAAUUUGCUUGAGGACUUGCCUCUGCAAGAGCCUCAGUCACCUCACAAGCUCAACCCAGGUUUCGAUCCGGCUAAGGGAAGCGCUGGUAAAGUGAGCCUGCCCAAGGAGCUACCUGCAGAUGCUGUGAACCUAACGAUACCUGCCUCUUUGGACAUUUCCCCCCUGUUGGGCUUCUGGCAGCUGCCCCCUCCUGCUACCCAAAACGCCUUUGGGAAUGGCACUCUCACCCUGGGGCCUGGGGAGUCUCUGCCGCACAGGUUAAGCUGUCUGGGGCAGCAGCAACAAGAUCCCUCACUAGCCAUGAGCACUAUGAGCCUGGGCCAGCUCCCCCUCCCCCCCAUCCCCCAUGUUUUCCCAGCUGGCACCGGCUCUGCUAUCCUGCCUCAUUUCCAUCAUGCAUUCAGAUGACUGGUUUUUAAAGCGUCCUUUUCUGAUUCUGGAAGAUGUGUUUUAAGGAGCAUGUAAGCAUCAGUUAUGCUACAAGGAGAGAUUUGGAAAGCGGGACUGGAAAUGCGGCUAAUUCAGUGAUGACUGGCUUGAGAUAAGAGAGUUCUCGAACUGCAUGUAUCGUGCCAAUUGUCCUGAUGAGUGUUCAUGCUUUGUACCAAAUUUGAUAAGCAAGUAUUCUUUAAUGGAACUGCAAAUAUUGUCAGAACCGACAUCCAAACGAGGGCUGCUAUAUAUAGGUGUUUGUCAAAUUGAAUUUAAUCGUAAGCCAUGAUCAUAAUGUUAACUAAUUUUAUGUGGCACUGCCUAGUAAAGGGAACUAUGGGAAGGUUUGGCUUUCUCCAAAAUGGGAGAAUUUUUAAAAUACAAAAUAACCUUUAUAUUGCAUAUUAUAACUAGGCUGUGUAUUUCUUUUCAGGGAUUUUUCUACCUUCAGGGUUGGAUGUAGUUUAGUUACUAUUGCCAUAGCCAACCUGUAGUUUUACAGAAACAAUUUCUUGUGGAAUAAUAGACGUCUCCAUUUUAAAAAAGCAUUUUAAAUGUAGUUUGAAUAUUUUCCACAAGAUGCUACAAUGUGAGUUAUCACUUCAUGUAUCUUAAAAGACUAAACUGGUUGUCAGUUACAUCUGACAGAAAAAAAAAAAAAUCACUGUGUAACCAGGUUAAGUGGUAAAAUAAUCCAGGCGUCAGUCAAAAGAAAGCAUUUUGCUGACUUUAAUAUUGAUUAUAUUUUUAACAGGAAUUUAAGAAAAUAUUACUGGAAUUUUAAAAAAUAUAUAUAUAUAUAUUAAACAAGAAUUUUCUUUGCUCUGUCUGGCUUAAAAUACUACUCUGCUUAAGUAUUAUUUUUAAUCACCAAUAAAUGCAUUUAAAUUCAUCA